AUGCACGGCCGUCUUCAGCAGUGCUAUCAAUAACAUGGCGGCGCUCGUAAACUUGGGAGCUGCAGGAACUUUGUGACUCCCAAAUUUCUUUCCCAAAAGUACUCUACGAUGGGCAGCCUGUUCGGAAAACACAAGAAGGUCAGCAGGGUCACCGAACAUGACAAGGCAGUUCUGCAAUUAAAGCAGCAGCGAGACAAGAUCAAGCAGUACCAGAAGAAGAUCGUGACAAGCCUAGAAAAUGAGCGACAACUGGCUAAGAAGCUACUUCAAGAUGGCAGAAAAGAGAAAGCGAAGCUGCUUCUCAAGAAGAAGCGUUUCAUGGAGCAGAUGCUGGAAAAGACAGAUGGCCAACUAACCAACCUUGAGAGAAUGACGCACGACAUUGAGUACGCCCAGAUCGAGAUCCAGGUCGUCGAAGGUCUGAAAGUCGGCAACGAAUCUCUCAAGAAGUUGCACCAGAUGCUGUCCGUGGAUGAGAUCGAGCGGAUCAUGGACGAGACGCAAGAGGGCAUCGAGAAGCAGAAGGAAAUCGACGACUUGCUGAGCGGCCAGCUGACGGCCGAAGACGACGAGGCGGUGUUGGCCGAGCUCGAGGCGCUGGAAGCCGAAGAGGAAGCCAAAGCCGUCCUGGGGCUGCCCAGCGUGCCGGUGGAGGACAUGGGAGAGCCGGCUAAAGUCGGCUUACCAGACAUUGCUGACCGAGAGCCCCCCCGCAAAGUGAAGAAGGAAGCUCGAAGACAAGAGGAAGCACUUGUGGCCUCCUAACACGCUGCUUUAUUUUAAUUGCACCACAAGAGUGUGGACACACUACAAGUCUGGUCUAUUUCCUGUGGAUAAUUUAUUAGCUUUUUAUAAGCAGGCUCUUGCAAUAAUAAAUGGUUUCAUAUAUAA